ACAUCCGGGCCCGCCAGCAGCCGGCUAAGGGCUGCAUAAUUGAUGGAGGGCCGGGCGCCGAGAGACCGUCUCCGGGGAGUAGUGCAAGACGGCCGGGCCCCUCCCAUUCCGCCUUUUCUCCAGCGUCCCGUCCGCGGCACUGGCAGCGGGCUCCGGGCCACCGGCGAGUGUGCGCAGGGUCUCCCGGCACCUGCGAGCCGAGGGAGCUCUCCACCUGGGCCGAGGCGGACCCCCGGCGCCAUGCGCGCCCUGUCCGGCCUGCUGGGGGCCAGGGCGCCUACGCCCCGGCUGCUCCUCCUCCUCCAGUGCCUUCUCGCUACCGCGCGCCCAGGCUCGGCCGACGACAGUGCCCCAGAUUCACCUUUUACAAGUCCACCUGUCAGAGAAGAAAUGUUGGAAAAAUAUUCUAACUUUUCCUUGGAGAAUCAUAACAUAUCAUUGACUGAACAUUCUAGUAUGCCAGUAGAAAAAAACAUCACUUUAGAAAGGGCUUCUAACAUAAAACUCACAUGCCAGUUCACAACAUCUGGGGAUCUGAAUGCAGUAAAUGUGACUUGGAAAAAAGACGAUGAGCUACUUGAAAAUAAUUAUCUUGUCAAUGCAACAGGAAGCACCCUAUAUACCCAGUACAGGUUUACCAUCAUGAAUAGCAAACAAAUGGGAAGUUAUUCUUGUUUCUUUCAAGAGGAAAAGGAACAAAAGGGAACAUUUAAUUUCAAAGUCCCUGAACUUCAUGGGAAAAACAAGCCAUUGAUCUCUUAUGUGGGGGAUUCUACUGUCUUGACAUGUAAAUGUCAAAAUUGUGUUCCUUUAAAUUGGACCUGGUACCAUAGUAAUGGGAGUGUACAGGUUCCUGUUGGUGUUCAAAUGAAUAAGUAUGUGAUCAAUGAAACAUAUGCUAACGAAACAAAGCUGAAGAUAAAACAACUGUUGGAGGAAGAUGGGGGCUCUUACUGGUGCCGUGCACUCUUCCAAUUAGGCGAGAGUGAAGGACACAUUGAGCUUGUGGUGCUGAGCUAUUUGGUGCCCCUCAAACCAUUUUUUGCAAUAGUGGCUGAGGUGGUUCUUUUAGUGGCCAUCAUUCUGCUUUGUGAAAAGUACACACAAAAGAACAAGAAGCACUCAGAUGAGGGGAGAGAAUUUGAGCAGAUUGAACAGCUGAAAUCAGAUGAUAGCAAUGGUAUAGAAAAUAAUGUUCCCAGGCUCAGAAAAAAUGAAUCUACGGGCCAGUGAAUGCAAAACAUCAUGUCAAGAAUCAUAGGACGAUAAACAGAGUUCAGAUUUUAGCUUUGUUUAUCCUUCCUGUUACAAACCUCUGAGUUUUUAGUUUUAAAAGGAUGAAAAGCUUAUGCAACAUGCUCAGCAGGAGCUUCAUCAAUAAUAUAUGCUAUCUCAGUUCUAAAGGUAUAUUUUCAUUUUGUAAUUAUAUUACAUAAAAGCAAUGCAAAUCGGAAAAAAUAUAUUAGACCAGAAUAAAAUUAAUUAUAUUCUGAUCUUCAAAGGACACACAGAACAUAUAUCAGCAAAGUCACUCAGUACUUCAUAGAACAGAAAUCACUCAAAACCUAUUUAUUACCAAAGAAUUCAUGAAAAAGAAAGCCUUUGCCAUUUGCGUUAGAAAGUUAUUUUUUUAAAUCAUGCUUAUUAUAGACGUUAUGUGUAACAAUUUUCAUGUAAAGAUCAUCUCGUGAUAGUGAAAAAGUAUGGCUCUGCCAAGCUGAAAUGAAUACUUUCUGCAUUUGCUAGUGGUAGUUAUUCUGCAAUCUCCACAAGAAAAACAUACCUUUUAGCUGGAAAUAUUGACUUAAGGCAAAUAAGUAAAACUGUGUGCUUGCCCUAAAGCUCUGUCACUAAAAAAGCA